ACAGACCUGCCUCCUCUCAGACUCAGUCAGUGUUUGCCUGGAGUCCUCGGAGAGCUCAGAGAGGCUGUCAGGAUGGAGGGCAUCAGCUGCUGUGAACUCAGUGCACUGGCUGCGGCUCCGCUGAGAGCUGAUCAGACUCUGCGCGUCUUCUGACGAUCACUUUACUCCAGGAGGAUGACAGAGUGGAUCUAUGCAGGGAUUGACAUUUAGUUUUUUCACCUGAGCGGGUAGCAAAGAGCGCAAGAACUGUCACAGCAACUGUUAAGGAGAUGCAUUUGACUUUUUCUCCCCGCCGUAAACCUGUCAGCGGACUCUGUGUUGGAGAAAAGAACUGAACACGAUGCGAACCCGAUCUCCAAGUGCCUCUGCUCCCCCUGAACAUGUGCACCGCGCCCCGGCCCGCCCCCACCGACCCACCGAGCAGCAGUGACCGCGCCUGGAGCUCUGAAUCCGGCUGAAACAUGUUCAUCCUGUGGGUCCCGUUGAGUUUGGUACUGAGCUUCAUCAUUUCGCAGACUUGGAGCGUUCAGUUGUCGUGGGAAAACUGGAACGCGCAACAGCAGCGAAACAGAGGGAACGAGUUUGACAAGCCGAGCUCUCAGCCGCACAUCGUGUUCAUCCUGGUGGACGAUCAGGGCUUCCGGGAUGUUGGGUACCACGGGUCAGAGAUCAAGACCCCGACCCUUGACCGGCUGGCGGCGCAGGGAGUCAAGCUGGAGAAUUACUACGUGCAGCCGCUCUGCAGCCCCUCCAGGAGCCAGCUCAUGACCGGCAGGUACAGUCCUCUGGUUGAUAACACCAUGGUCCUUCAACAGCCAGACUUUAUUAAGGAAAAACUGACAAUCUAAGAGGGUUAAAAAAAAAACUCUUAAAUCAAGCCAGGUCUUUUGUUGGCAUAAGUUUCAAUAUGUUGUCAGCUGUUCCCAAGUCAAAAGAUCAUCCCCUCCUAAUAUCGUUUUAUAUUUACUUAAGUUCAGAAAAUGUGCAUUAUCUCAACUGGUAGUGAUUCUCUCAGGAAACUGUCAAACCUAAAUGGCAUGCCUUUACUUUCCUUCCCUUGUAUAGGGAGUAAAACCUUGUCUUGUCCUUUGCUGGGACUUACAUUUCUCAAACUAAUAUGAGUCUUACUUUAGAAUGAGUCACCUGCAGAGUGGAGGUCCUGAUGUUUAAUCCAGAAAAACUGCAGGAGAAGAUGAGCAAACAUGUUUUAAAAGCCAGUCUGUUAAGGAGAAAUUCCAGGGUAAUAUUAAUUUAGGGUCAAACACACCGUAACACUGAGUAAGACAUCCCCUGGAGAGAUGAAUGUUGCAGAUCACUUGCUUCUCUAGUUAUACCAACUUUAGUAACAACCGCAAGAUAGCAAUACACACAAACCUCAACCAAAACGCCUCUCUAUGCUCAGAACAGCACCUAACUUAAUCGUCAGUACAUAUAGGGUCCCAGCCAUAGUACUAGCCUGGAUUGGCCUGAGGUCUCACUACAAACAAGCGGCUGCUGGCAGAGAGUAGGUGAGUUGUGUUUAGUCUCUUUGCUAAAGAAAUUAGGAAAAGUUAAAAAGAUGUUUGGCGGCUAGUGCUGUGGCUGGGACCCUGUAUGUACUGUUGAUGAAGUAAGUUGCUGUUCUGAGCAUUAUUUGUGGCUAUAGAGUGGCUUUUUGGUUGAGUUUUGUGUAUGGCUCAUGAGACCCCUGUGUAUUGCUAUCAUGCGGUCACUACUAAAGUUGGUGUAACUAAAGAAGCAAGCGGUCGGCAACAUUCAUCUCUCGAGGGGGUGUCUAACCCGGUGUUAUGGUGUGUUUGACCCUAAAUUUAUUUUACGUCAGAAUAUCCCUUUAAAUAGAGAUUGUGUCUAACACCCAAACCAUGAUGCCAGAUGAAUCUAAAUUACCUGACUUGAACUGUAACAGUUUUAAAACAGUGACCUGUAACCUGAAAUAAUUUGUUUGUAUAUUAUUUAUAUAUAUAUAUAUAUAAGAAACUGGGUAAGAUGUGCUGCUCAUGGCCACAAUCUGAAUGGUUGUUAAUAUGCAUGCCAAAAAUCAAGUCGCUCUGAGGUUGCCACAUUGAAAACAGACUUCUGAGUAGAUGCUUCACAGGUUUAUUGUAGAAAACUAUACCAAACUGUAGGCUACACACCACAUCUGUCAGCAGGGCGGGAGGAAGCUGUAACGGGUAUUAGGGGUUGAUACAGUAUCAUGGGGGGUCAGCUGUGCUCUGGCUUUUUAGUUUGCCUUACAGUAUGUUUCACAUCAGCAGUUUCCUCUUUUUUUACAUGCAGCUCUGCAGGGUUUCUCCUCCCACCUCCUCCAUCUGUUCCUCUCCUCUAAAGCGAAGGAGGUCUGCUGGGCACCGCAGUUUCUUGGCAGGAGUCCGAGAAGAUAAUGAGAAAAGUGCAGCCACCUUCCUGAAAUCCCUGACUGGGGCAGAAAAGUUUACUAACAUCCUUACGGUCUCGCAGAAAUGUAGGCAUAGAUUUAAUUAGAAAGGAGACUGUGGUGGAGUCAAAAUGAGUGAAUAUCAUCAUAAAAUCAUCAAUUGUCUGUGUCAGCUGGAUGAUCACUACAGCACUCACAACUUCAGAUGUUGUCCGGCACUCCUUCACAGACUUGUCAGAGCAUAUAUCAGUGAGGAAAGGAUCCCAUCCACUAUUAAAGCGCUUCACAAAAUCUAGUCACACUUUUUUUUUUUUACCAGGGAUUCCAGCAGGUUACCAAAGAAGCUAAAACCAACCCUGUCUGAUAAUAGCUGCGUGCUUACGAUUGCAUGUCUGCUGGAUUAUUUUUAACUGCUGCCUUCUGUCUUUGUCUUAUAAUUAACUGUAAAAAACAAAAGACUGCAGGAUUAAAAUAUUCCCAUCCCUGGAGCUGGGGUAGCGCCUAGAUAAAUCCUGAAUCCACCCCUGCCACCCUCAUGUCUCCUCUUUUAGCAGCCUCCUUUCCUGCCCACAGUUUCUUCUGCCUUUCUGUGUCUGAUCUGGCAUCUGCAGGCAUCUGUGACUCUGGUAAAGUCAGAAACAGCAAAGGAGGAGGUGGAGGCUGGAUGCGGGACUGAAGAGCAAGUGAUAAAAUAUUGGAACAGAUAAACUAAGUAUAAUAAACUAAGGGGCCAAUAUCGAUGCCGACUAUAGGUCGAUAUAAUAAGCCAAAUGUGUCUGAGCAUAGUGAAUAUUUAUUUUGACUCUGUGUAUGCUUUAAUAUUAAGAUAAGCUCAUCUUUAAAGCAGAGUGCCAAGCAGAAAGCCAAACAGCAUCCUCCUUGACAGAUCUGAGCGUCAAGUUUGUUUCUGUUUCUCUGCAGACCUCAUAAUAGUGCCUUUCUUAGUCAGAUCUUUGCUGGGGGAUGAACGCCACCUGUGAUUAUUUCGCAUAAAUCCAAAGAAAGUAUCAGAAAUGUAAACGAGGAUUAAGACCAAUCACCUUAAAACCUUCGCAGUCUGAGAAAAGGCCUUUUAUGGGUGGAUGCUGUAAUGUAAACCCAGAGUGAAAAUGAAAUCCUGGCAUAUUUGUAGAAAAAGUUCAGAGCAGCUGCUGUUGGAGCCGCCACAAAGCACUUUUAGCCUUCCAGGAACGGGAGCUUGGGAACCGAUUUCCACGCUGUCCGUCUCCAGAGAAACUUACAGCAUCAGAAAAAUCCAGUCUGUUUUUUCUUUACGCUGCUCUGAUGAGAUUAGAGGCUUAGAGUCUGAAGUUUCUUUCAAGUCCUGAGUUGUUUGGCCCUUUAAACCCCAUUGUGCUCCUGCUGAUCCCUAAUGAUCAAGAGAGGUGGAUUUGCAGAGGCGAGGGCAGAGGUUGGAGAAACAAAAAUGUCAGAUAUGUUAUUAAAAACACACACUUUGACAGGGUGAAUGAUGUGCCAAUAUUUCUAACCCUUUCUCUGUGGUUUGAGUCCUUUGUAAUUAAGUGAGCUCACUUCUGAAGUGUCAAAGAUCACUGCUGCACGUCUUUAGAGCCAUGUCAACUUACCUGUCCAGGCAAAUCCUGCAUGAGGACUUCUCUGGCACAUUCUUACAUCUCUUCACCCUUGAGUCAGGAGCUAAAUCUGUAAUUCUUUUGACAGCUUCUUGACGCUUGGUCAUCUGCACAACCGGAGGCAAGUCUUCAACAAGUACCCACGAAAUGAAGCUGGGCUCCAUUUACAUUUCAGACCGUUAGAUCUGAGCCAAACACAUGGUCUUAAUCUUGUCCUGAUGGUUAACCUCAUGCAGCUUUGCCACUGGCUACAGGUGAUAGCGUUUAACUAACCCUACAGACAGUCAGAAGACGUGUACUUCGUAUGAUCUUGUUAAAAUUGAUCGAAACUGAAAAACCACUGGAGAAAAAGUCAUCAUUCUUUGGGUAACAUGAUCGCUUCCAUCUUUUCUGGGAGAAGAUUAGCGCUCUGGGAUGUCUACGGAUGUUCAUUUCCAUGCUCCAGUCCAUGCUUAUAGACAUUUUACAUAAAUCACAAAACUGAGACUUUGUUCUUGUUUUAUACGGUCCCUGGUAAACUCAUUAAAACCACCCAUGGUGCAGAUAUAGUAUAACUGUUGAACAAUAAAGCAACAAAAUUGUGUAGACAAAACUUGCACAAGCUUUUUGGUAGUUUGGAUUUUGGGGGUUUAAAUCCUUUGGCAGCACUUCUAAAAAUGAUGUGGUGUCCAUGAUUUCCAAAAACAAUGUCAGAUUUUGACUUAACUGAUCAUGUAAAAGUGUUCCAGUUCCAAACAACCCAUUUUAAAGAGACUCAGGUACAGAAAAGAUGUUUGUGUCCAUGGGUUAUGUACACAUGCGGUCUCCUCUUCCCAUGGUGCAGUUGUAAAGGCUCAUUUAUGCUCGCUAUACGUAUGAAAAUGAACACGUCCAUUUCAAACGAUGGUUCCCACAUACUUUCAUGCGUCCUUUAAGUUGGCAUGGAUGUUAACCAUUACUCUAACCAGGGGGCAGGGCGGAGUCAAAAAUUUCUGACAGCAACAAACAAAAAGAAACAUGGCGACUGUGGAGGAGCUUGCGAUAAUGUAUGUUUUGCAUAGGAGACAGAACGGAGGCAGCGUUGGAGGAGGUGGUGGUUGGUCAUCCACUAAAUGCCUCACGGUUGGAGGACGGAGAAUUCUUUCAUAUUAUUCUGAAACUGUUGAACUAUUAGCUUAAACAGUCUCUCACAGCAGCACCAAACAACCAUUCUUUUAAUAGACAGACAAGACCCUUGAAUGCAUCCCUCUAUUUCUAUUAUCAUACUACACUACUCUGUUGACAACACAAACCCCAAAGUGUGUGCCAGCAUCCUGUUUGUAGACCACUUAAGGGAACAGGACAUGCCGCCAGCAACCCAAGUGAUGUGUCUUCAUCUGUCUGCUUUAUCAUUAUAUGAUCUACCAUCCUCUGACAAACCCCAAAGAUGAAGAAUGAGCUGUGGUGGGCUUGUGAGGCAGUGAGCAGGAGACCACAAACAGCCGGUCUGUCUUUUCCUAACACAGUCCUUUUAUAUCAAAACCCACUGGAUUUGAAUUUGGUCAAAAACCAGACAGCGAGUAGGGUCAUCUCUUUGCUCCAAGCAGCUUCUUUUCACUCCUCCUACUACUACUUAUUCACACUCUCCAUCCGUCCACACUUAUCUCAAACCUGUCUUAGCCUCUCAGUCACCCUUUGCUUGUUGUUCCAGUCAUCUGUCACCUCCUUUCCUCACCCCUCACCCACAUGUCCAAGAAGUGUGGGUUGUGCAACAAUCAACCAAACGAAAAAGAGAAGAAAAAGAAGAGACCCUUAUUUCCUGUAGGAGUUUGUAGGCUGAGGAGAAAAGGUGAAGGUAGGUAGUCCAAGAUACCAAGAAAGAAAAAGAAGAGUCUGCUGAGAGGACAGGCUAAGUAAGAUGAACCACUCCAGGGCUGACUUUGAUUAAGUGCAGCACUGCAGAGCUGAAGCCGCUUAUUUGAACCAUAUGUUGGGAGGACGUGGAGCAGGAACACGAGACAAGGCCCCGAUCUGGGCAACAGGUUUACUCAGGGAACCUCCAGAACCUCAGUGGCUAGAGCGGUGGCCAGUGCACUUGUCUUGUGGGACUGGAACAGUGAUUUGAAUUUAAUGGAGUGUGUGAUUUGUUGGCCUUGUGGCUUAGUGGUUAUACAAAUACACAGAAAAGAUGGCGUGAUUGCAGUAACAUAACUCUUUUUUUUACUUGAGGAAUGUGAAGGCACUGUUGGCGAGAUAAGAUAAGAAUCCUGGAAGUCUUUCCCUGGAUUGACGUAGCUUGAAACAUGCAGGAUACAUGUUGCAGAGAUGUUUGGCCUCUGAGUGUUUUUUGCCCCUGUGCUGCUGCUGUUUUUCAUGCUCUGGUUGGUUUAAAAGAACCGAUAAAUCAGUCACAUCAGACAUGUGGAGGAACUGCAGGGUAGGAGGAAAGAUCUCCAGAGGGCAGUAGUUACUGCAGUCAUUAUUUCAAGGCCUCAUAAAUACUAAAGACCUAGAACUGUCCUUCAGGUGCCCCUAGAACUGCAAAGUCAAGACCAAGUCCCCUGUGAAAUCCCCUUUGCAUCAAAGAGAGACAACACAGGGACACUUUGAGAGUCUCUGCACUCCACCUUACGUCCUCCGUUAAGACCUGGAGCAGGUUUGACUGAUUUGGUAUGACAUUUAGCAUGAUAUUCUCAUUACACGGCUGUAACCUUUAGGUAUGUGAACACCAACAGACCUGCAGGAGCUGCAAAAGACGGAAAGGGGUCAGGGUUCUUGGGGGUUGGAGUCUUACACGUGCAUGUCUUAAUAAUUUUGAACAUGUCAAGUAUGUGAUCUGCAUAGUUUACUUUCUGCUUCAUAUCCUGUCUUUUCACUUUAGGUUUGAUGAUGUCUUUCUCUCAAUGCUUUCUUGGCAUUUAAACAAAAGAGUCUGACGGGCUGAAAUAAAUAGAAAAAAGGCCAGAUGUGGAAAAUAAUCUUUUGUAUAAACCCAAAAUACACAAAAGAAGAUUGAAGAUAAUGGAGCGUAGUACAUCCAGAAGGCAUUUUAUGGACAUUUAUGUGCUGGUAACAAGGUUCAAUUCCCUGUGUAAUAGGUUUGUGGGAAGCAGGGCUGGGCGGCACAGCUUUCUUAUAGUUUCUGUAAAGGUCUCUGGGUGACUUCUACAGCAGGGGCUGCAAGCUGAGCUGACACCAGAGAUGUUUUCUCAGUUUUUAGUUUAGGAUUCAGAACAAACACCUGUCUCACUCACUAUUUUUAACAACUGUUGAAAAGUCAUUGUUUCUUCAUCCUCUUUGGGGAGCAGUCAUAAGUCGUGUUCAUGACUCUAUGUUGACUCAACGCUGCAGAAGCAAGCACUUUAUCUUCAUGCUUGUCUUCGUCACACUGCAACACAAUGCUUUAAUGGCGGUCAGCAGAGUGAUAUCUAUGCCGGUGUAGGUAUCAGAUGUGUUUGGGCUGCCAGAUUGGCUCGGGGCCCAGCGCCUGUUGAAGAUGUCACACUACGGCAAGACCACUCGGACAAACUACAUUGCGCUUCAUUUAUGAAGUCAAAUGUGCUCGGUCAAAAGCCCCUCACGGUUUUCUUUAUUUCCAUUUGUUCAUUCAAUUGACCUUGAAAUUUUCUCUUCAUAUAAUACAGAAAAUUACAACUUACUGUACUGUAAUAUUAGAUGGCUUUAAUUUUAUGUUAACUUUUCUAAAGGAAAAAGAAAAAAAAAAUGUGCGCAGAAUCUCUGUUUGUCAAUUGAUAGUUUUAAUGUGAUUCCCCAUUUCCUUUGGCAACCUUAAAGAGGCAAUAGUGAUAGACUGCUUCUUAAAUUUCAUCCGUGCUUUCUCCAAAGAACUACAAUCCCAUGAAACCUAAUCUGGCAAAAACUGCUUCUGUAAUGUCAGGACCAACCAUAAUCUUCUACGUCAUCCACACCGACUUUCAACCAAUCAUAUGACGUCAUCUGUAGGCGCCGGGCCCCAAGCCAAUCUUGGAUUUUGGAGAAAGAGAGUUUUAUGUGAGAAUCGACUUUCUCUCUCUUAAAGUCAACAGGGGACAGCUGUAGGGGCUGAGAGCCGAGCUGCUGCUGCUACAUGAGUUAAAGCUUAUUUUCCAUGAUUAUCCAUAUUUAGAGUUUUAUUUUUUAGCCAUAAGCCUUAGUGGAAGGUUAAAGUGGAAGGUUAAAUGGAACAAGACUGCUGUGUAAUUUCUCUCCAUCAUGUUUUGUUGUAUGUUGUGCAGACUUUGUCUUUGUGUCAUCAGUCUAAAGGAAGAUAUUCCCAGGCCAGGAUUGGUCGAUUUUUUGCUGUUGAUGAUGCUGUUUCACCCACAAACACAUGUUGCCUUCAUUCUCAUCUCUUCUAAGUUCACUUUAGUCAAAUGUCGUCGCCUAACAUCGGCGCAACAAAGCCCCUUCUGUCCCCCGGUGUGCACACUCCUUGUUGGGUUCAAAGUUCCCCCUGCGUCAACCAUCGAGUGACAAGAAAUUCUUCUCAUCGCCUUAUGAAACCGAGACCAUGGCCACUGUGGUCUUGUUCUGAAGUCAUGGAUCUAACCUCAGUGAAAAGAGGUAUCAAAUUCCAAAAAGUGCCGUAUUAUUAUCCUGAUGAGUUAAACAUUUUGAAGAUCCUGGGAACCGGCAUUAAAAGUCUGUGGGAAUCUUGGUUGCCAAGUUGUAAACACAGCAACUUCUUUAUUUCCCUCUGAAUGUUUUGGGGGCAUCAAGGCCAGAUGGUACUUGUUUUCAUUAAAGCACAGUGCAGGACACAUGGUAUGAUUGGCCCCAGAAAACAAAGUGGUCCAGCAUUGGGUCAGUGAAUCUGGUAUGAUGCAGGAACACUAAGUUGUUACAUACAUUACUGUUGAGAUCAGUUCAGUCCGCUCAUAAAACAUGCAACCUCAGAUGACUUCUGCAGAGUUAUUCGCUUUUAUUUAUGUGAAAAUCUGGCAACUUUUAACACUCAAUGGCUUGUGCAUUAAACAUUCAUUGACAUAUCCCCUUAUCUACAAGAUAGCACUUACAUAAAGAGCAUUUACAUUCCUUUAUGCUCAUAGAAUAAGAGCAAACAAGAUGAGGAUCAUUCCUAGUAAAAGAAAAAAAAAAAAAACAUGUUUUGAGAGAUUAAAACAUGGUUAGCUAUAAAAUACAGCUAUUUCGCCAGUAAGCAAUUCUUUUUUCAAUAGAUGCAGGGCUGCAAGAGCUCACAGAAUGUCACUAAAAUAAUGUCUUUAUACACUAGGUAUGAAAGUGCAAAGACAUGGUGACAGUGGGGCUCCAUUGCGGUGCAGGUGCAGACUUGAAAUAUCAAAAACUUUUAUACUAGAUGGCCAAAUCCGAUUUAACUAGUAACAAUCUAAGAGCAGAAUUCACAUAGAACAGAUUGCUAUCAUUUAAAGCCCAAAGACUUGCACAACUCGUCCUUUCUGCUCUGUCUCAGUGUCCACUUCACAAAGCCGAUUGCACAAAUGAUAAUUCAAAGCCCCAAAUGACUUUUACUGUUCUGCAGUUUUGUGCAGUUUGCUCCAUAAACACUGUUGAACAGCUUCUGUCAACUUUGCAGACACAAAAAUACGCAUGCUGUGUGGGGCUAUUAGAGAACUGGAUGUUUUUUAAUUUUGAGGGAUGUUUGCAUAGAAGGGGCUCUGAGCUGCAGUUGUCUGCCUCUGCUGUGCUAUGGGUGGCAACAUGCCCCCCUUUCAGCUGGUUACUACUGGGCCAUCUCCAGGUGGACCUUCUGCAUCACGCACCAUAACAAUCAGCGGACAUGUUAGCAGGCGGCUCUUGAGAUACACACCAAACAAUGAAAAUGCCGUCACUCUUACAGCUCUGAACCUUUUGAAUGUACGUUACAACGGGUCUGUCUUUGUUGCGUCCUUUCCUCUGUUAAAGUUUUGUUUACCACCUGGCUUUUAUUCUGUUCGACUUUAAGUGUUUACCUUGUAUGGCUGCAUUUUGCCUCUUGCCAGAAGCUCAGAAUAAGGCCAUUAGAUUAGGCAUUUCCGAAUAUUUGUGUCAUGUCUGAUAUUCAUUUAAAGUUGAUUCCUUUAAACAUUGACAGCCCGAAAGCCCAGCAUCUAAUCUCUGCAGCACACCUAAAAUAUAACACUCUUCCUCGUGUUGAAAUUGAAAUGCUAGUUCACGUCUGAGACACUCACCUUUGUUGAAAUAUCUUUUCUGUGUGGGAAACUGAACUCUACUUUUUCUCAGGUCUCCUCAUAUAACACAGAGGUUAAAAAAAACUUCACUAAACUGAAACAGAAGCAUCCAUAAACUCGCAGAAAUAUAGGCUGAUGCUCUGUCCAGCUGUGCUUCAUGCCUGGUAGUUACUUUGUGAGUUUGCAGUUGCCCUCUGUGAUUUUACGGCAGCAUGUGUAUUGUUUCUGUGCAGUAGGUUUCAGCUGUAAAUCAUUGGGUUUAUUGCUUUGUUUAGAACGUCCCACCCAUCACUCGGUGGUGUGACCCUUAUAGGACUUAUAAUCUCGGGGGGCAGUGGAGGUUCUCUGGGCCUGACCACCUUCUGGAUCUCCUCCAGCUGAGUCCUUCUCUGUCGAAACCUAAACCAGACUCUUAUUUUCACUCCCUUUCCCCGGUGACAGCUUGUCGGCACACCGCUAACCUCAGGAGAGAGCAGGGGAGGGUCAUAGAGAGAGAGAAGAAGGGGAAGAGGCAUCUGGCAGCACUCGUACUGCCGUCUCCUGGGUGUCUUGGUUUCACUCAAAGCAGACAGAAAUGAAGUCAGACCUCUUUGUGCUCGUCUUCUGAGAGUGUCUUCAAAAUCUCAGCUGGGAUUCCUCCCUGUGGACCAAGAACGGAGUCACUCAUAGUCUCCAUGAUCCUAAAGCUGGCUCUGAUGAUUUAAAUUAGACCUCUAAUCCUGAAGCUCAGUUUGAAUCGAUUUUGUUCAGAGUGGGGGAUGGGUCUGCCCUACAAAGACUUUCCUAAUCCUGACUUGCUUGAUCCAAAACUGAUCAGUGAAAAGUUGAAGUCAGAAUAAACUGCAGUAUAAUUACACCAAAGCCACAACCAUGAAUAGAAUCAUUAGUCUCUGUCACCCAGUGUCUUUGUUUGAACCACUUGCCAACACAUGGCUUGAACUGAGCCUCAAAGUAACCCCAAAGGAACCUCAUUUCAGAAGUAAAACAAUGAUGGAGGAGGAGGAGAAGCCUUCAAAAACCAAAGGUCAACUCCAGUUAGCAGCUGCAACACCUUCUGACCUCCAGAAGAAAGUCAUUAAAGUCAGCUGACAAACAGACUGAGUGACUGUUAAGUUGAUGGUGUCAUCUGAGUAACCAUUUUUUUGGUUGUUGCAAAUAAAUUUGAGCCAUUUUUGUCAGUUCACAAAAGGCUUGUAUCUAAAAUACUCGGCCGCAGUUGGUGCUUGGUCUGCAAGUGGUUUUGCUAAAACGGCAUCAAAAAGAGUACUGUAAUUAAAGUGUUAUUUUUCAUGUGCAUUUGUCAGGCUUUUCACUUUGUCAUCAUCAACAAUCAGUCGCUAUCGCGGGAAUUUACAAGCGUUGAGUUAUUGAUGGUGUGGUUGUGUGGGUAAGGGAGAGUUUUGAAACUCAGGCGGGUGGAGAUUGUUUACUCUGAGAUAUGAUUCAACAACAGUUUUUGUAAAUCCUUGCAGAGUUACAGCACUAUUACAGGGUCAGUUUCAGAGAGGGGAAAUAAAAGUUUGAAAAUACCUUAUACAUAUAAAGUGUCUGUAACUCAUUAGUACCCCUGUGUUUUCUCUCAGUUAAAUGGUUGCCAUGGCAUCAUUAGCUUCAGGUCACAUCUUCUGGUUUUGAGUGGCAGGUCUUCUGUUUUUGCUCCGUUAACCAUCACCCCUCUACCUCCUUUCCCUGCGCUGGUAGAUGUUCGUUUUACAUGACCCCGCUCUGAAAGACGUGUAAAAACCCUCCCGUCAGCUCAAAUGUGUUUUCUUUGGACUUGGUACAAUGUAAUUAAAACUGGAGACAGGUUUAUCGGCAUGUAUCAUAGAUACAAAGAUUCUGUCUGUAUCGACAUCCUAAUGUUUUUGUAAUGGUCUGUUAGAGGAGUCCUCUUUCUGAGGAAAAUCUAUGCCUUGUGUUUUUUAUUGGCAAGAUUUUAGUAUUUUGAAGCCCAAUCCUUGAGAGCUUGAGCGAAACAUUCAGGUGGUGCUUCAGCUCUUCCUAAAAAAAUAGGUGGUUCGUAAAUGUUGAAAGAAAUUUUACUUGUACCUACACUUCACACUAAUCUGAGCUGUAAGGUAUGGGGUGUUACACAAUUUUGAGAUUCAGUUUGUAGAGUUGAAAACCUUCGAUGCCUUUGCAGAGACAUAACUCAACCUUAGUGGCGCAGUAUCCAAAUUAUAAAUUGAUUUAUCUUGCUGUAGCUUAAUUUCUUUUUGUUUUGAGUGGUCUAAAUGUUUAGACAGCGCUAAUAUCAUCAACGAAUUUUAAGUUUUUUCAAUCUAGAUGACCUGCUGUUAUCAAGUACACAUAUUUCCACAAAUGUGUUUAUGCCUUUUUGCUUUGUGUUGCAGAUAUCAGAUCCACACGGGUCUUCAGCACUCCAUCAUCCGAGCCACCCAGCCCAAUUGCCUCCCCCUGGAAAAUGUCACCCUCCCCCUGAAGCUCAAGCAAGCCGGAUACUCCACCCAUAUGGUUGGCAAAUGGCACCUGGGCUUCUACAAGCGUGGCUGCAUGCCGACUCAGCGCGGCUUUGACACCUUUUUUGGCUCCCUGUUAGGAAGCGGGGACUACUACAGCCACUACAAAUGUGAAGGCCCCGGCAUGUGCGGCUACGAUCUGUACGAAGGGGAGGAGGCUGCUUGGGAGCAGGACCGUGGCAUGUAUUCGACUGUGAUGUUUACUCGAAAGGCCAUCAGCAUCUUAGCCAAUCACGACCCUCGCAAACAACCAUUGUUUCUGUACCUGGCCUAUCAGGCUGUGCAUUCCCCACUGCAAGUUCCUGCACGCUACCUCGAGCGCUACAAGGGUAUCCCCAACCUGUCCCGACGAAAAUACGCAGCCAUGGUGUCCUGUCUGGACGAAGCUAUUCGCAACCUCACGUUAGCGCUGAAACACUAUGGUUACUAUGACAACACCGUAAUCAUAUACUCCUCCGAUAAUGGUGGCCAGCCACUGGCAGGUGGGAGUAACUGGCCCUUGAGAGGGAGUAAAGCCACUUACUGGGAAGGGGGGAUCAGGGCCGUGGGCUUUGUCCAUAGUCCUCUCUUGGUGAACAAAGGGACUAAAUGUCGGUCUCUGGUCCACAUCACUGAUUGGUUUCCCACACUGGUAACCCUUGGUGAGGGGACUAUAGACGAGGAUCUAAAUCUGGAUGGAUAUGAUGUCUGGGAGGCCAUUAGUGAAGGACGCCCAUCUCCUCGCCAAGACAUCCUUCACAACAUUGACCCCAUCUACAUCAAAGCCAAGAACGGUUCUUGGAAAGCCGGAUAUGGUAUUUGGAACACCGCCAUCCAGGCAGCAAUCAGAGUGGGCCACUGGAAGCUCCUGACGGGUGUCCCUGGCUACAGCGACUGGGUGCCUCCACAGACUUUCUCAAACCAGCGUCUGACCAACCGCUGGCAUAACGAACGCGUCCGCUGGGACCGCGGUAAAUCUGUGUGGCUCUUCAACAUCACAGCAGACCCCUACGAGAGAGUGGACUUAUCCCAGCGAUACCCUCACAUAGUAAAAAAGAUGCUAAUGAGGCUAGCUCAAUACAACAAGACUGCAGUGCCGGUACGCUACCCAGCUAAAGACCUGCGCUCUAACCCGCAGUACAAUGGAGGCGUUUGGGGACCCUGGUACAAAGACGAGAGGGAGGCGCAAGAGGUGGAUGACAGAUACAAUUACCUGUUUAACAACCACCUAGGGAAAAGGAAGUGGAAAAAGAAACCAAUGAACAGAAAGCUGAAACGAAAAGUAGAAGAAUAAACAUUUAUGAAAGACUGUGAAAAAAACAGCUUGAAUUUCUCAGGGAUCAACACUUUGUGUUUCAGGAUUGUCUUCUUCAGAUGUUCUUACUCCAGGAACUCGACUGCAGUGAAUACUGUAUAAAAACGGUGCAGAUAGACCUUUUUCAAAUGCCUCAAGCAGAGCCCGGCUGAUUUCACUGAAGGCCAGAUAGAGGUGCAUCACAGAUAUCUGAGCAUUGGUGCAAAUACUUAGUAGGAUGACAAAUUAGGACCACAAGAAACUUUUGUGAAAUUUUGCAACUUUUCACUUUGAUAACUUUCGAUUACAGGCACUGUUGAACAAUCUUUUCACACUCAUGUCUCAGCCAGAAAAGCUACACUUCUUGUUGCUGGACAGGUGUUUUAAUUUUUUAACUUUGCGUGUUUUGACUGCAACAUUCCUGUCUUCUUUAGAGAGUCGUGAUGUUGUGACGCUGUUUGUUAGCUGAUUGAUAGAGGUUUGGUCAGAUUCCCCAUAGUAGCAGGAUGAUCAUGUCACCUGUUCUCUGACAGUUUUGGGAUUUAAGAAGACAACAGUAAGUUUGUAGUGGAACAUGUCAAUGUUAGCUUAAUUUCAAUGAGUAUACAUGAAAGGCCAAGGCGGGUAGAGCAGCAGCAAAGACCGCUGUUGCUUGGCCCCAAGACUCAGUAAGACUUUUGUGCAAAGGUGCCAAUAAAAAAAAACCUUUAUUCUGUGCGAUUAUUAAAAUGAUCUCACCCUCCAUCCUGUUUACAGGACAACGUGAAACAUGCCUUCUAUGGUCCACAAUAGGUGGGUUUAUGUAAAAUGCUCACAAAAGAAGACUUAGGAGCGCUUUUCGCUCAGAACCAACAGUCAAAAAGUCUUUUUCGGUUCCUGCAGAAAAGUUCAGGUGAAUCUGUGAUCAGUCGGGCUCUCGCUGUCAGAGAAUCAGAACAAGAUCCUCUGGUUCAAACACUACUGUCAUGCCCAGACACAACUGAAACCUCAUGUUACUGUUCGGGGCAUUCAAAGAAUGUUUAUUUUUCUAGAUUGUGUUGCAUGCUUGAACUGAUGUCACCUUCUGGAUUGUUCUGUAGAUUCAUGUCUUACUUAGAGUAGAAGAUAAAUCUCUUUAGACAGUUGCCAUAAAUCUUGGUGACAGAGGAAUAAAGUAAAACAUAGUUCUAUUAUGUUGAUGAUUGCAGAGAUACAGUAUGGAGGAAACAGAUGUAGGAUUUAUGGGAUGUGUGAGUCCAUGUAUGUUGGUUUUAUAAGCACAGACUGUCCAAACCUUUUAGGAUAACAGAUUUUGUUCCCUCUCUUAGAUGAUGUCUGGUCUGGAACCAGGCCAACUGAAUGUAAGACAAACUAACAAAAUAAAAGCCCCAAACAAAAGCUCCUUGUCUCUGACGGUUCCUGACUCUUUGCCUGUUUGUAUUUUAUUGGGAACAGAUUUCCUUUAUUAUAAUGACAAAAGUACUCCAGCUGCUGGAAAAGUUUCAUAUUUACAAUCUGACACACAGCCACUAAGUGCAUUUAACCACGGAAAAUACGGUAAAACGGGAUCUGAACAGUGAUAAAGACCUAAUAGCUUUCUUUGACUCCUGAACAACGUCGGCCUCCUGAGCUGCAGGAAGUCUGGGAUCAAGAAAAACACAGAAAUGGCACCGGAGUGAACAUAACUUACAAUCUGUAAAAAUAUAUUCCUCAUAUGUUGCUCAGCACCCUGGUAAACAGUCCCCAAACGACCAAGCUCAAAAC